UCUAUAGCUCGCUUUGUUGUAUUGAUAGUUUCUUAGCAUACAUUUAGGUAUAUAGCAUAUGUAAUAUGUCAUCAGAUGGAGAGAAAUCGAUGGAAGUCGCUCGUAGUAGUGACAAAGUAUUUGCAAAAUUUCGACGUGACUUCUGCUGCUAUGGUUUGGGGAUAUUUCUCAUCUUUUCGUCCUUUAGCACUAUGAUGACUUUGCAGUCUAGUGUAAAUAUUGAAGCAGGGUUGGGGGUGGCCAGUAUCGCCUGUGCGUACGUUACUGCAGUUGUAUCCGGAUUUUCAUUGACUCCUAUGUUAAUCAGAAGAUUCGGAGCGAAAAAGUGUAUCUUAAUGGGCACUAUGUUUCACAUAACAUAUGAUCUUGCCAACUUUUAUCCAAGAUACUACACUCUGAUACCUACUGCCAUAUUGAUUGGAAUAGCAGAGUCGACUAUUUGGACCUGCAUAAGCAUCUUCAACGCACACUUUGGUGCUGAGUAUCACAAAAUAAAGAAUCACCCUUCAAAAACAGUUGAAUUUUUUGUUAGUAGACUCUCGGGAUACUACUUCGUUAUUCACCAUUUGCAUCAUAUAUUUGGCGGUGUCAUCACUUAUCUGAUUUUGAAUGUUUUCAAUGAACAACAUCCACCUUCAGUCAUGAGUAACGUAUCGAUGACAGGCAACUCUUCUAAUUUUUCAUUAUAUCAUGACGUCACUUUAUCAUUUUGUGGCGCAAACGACUGCCAAAAAAAGACUGUCAUUGAUGAAAGCAUUGGGAACUAUUCGCCCGAUAGUAGAAUCAAUUUUAUGAUUUUACUAUCGUGUUUUACUACAAUGUGCAUAUCAUCUCUAAUUAUCCACGCAUGUACGCUUCCUAAUGUCAAAGUUCGUCAUCAUCAAGAAAGCGAUGAGAAUGCAAAUACAAUUGAGCUGGAAAAGUCUGGCAUCAAUGAUUCGAAGGCAGACAUCUUGAUUGCAACUGUGGGAAAUCGCGAUCGCGAAAACUCGCAAACAGCCUUAUUGGAAAAUGAAGAUGAUUUGGGUCUUCACGAAUCUCUUCAAGUUGAACUACCAGGCUCGGGAAAGGAUGGUGUAUGCAACGGGAUAGUUGCCAACACUCUGAAACAAGUUGGUCGCCAGCUACUUAUACCAAAACAGCUUCUCAUUAUUCCUAUUACUCUGUAUACCGGAUUACUGGUUGGAUAUAUAUUCUCAGACCUGCCAAGAUCAUUCGUUUCUUGUGUGAGCGGUUUUUCAACGAUUGGAAUAUACUCUUGUCUUUAUGGAGUCGGUCACGUUAUAUCACCAGCCAUACUCGGAAAGCGAGGAAAACAUCUAGGAAGAAUAGUUAUAUUUUCAACGUCAAUGGUCCUAGAUAUUUGUAACUUCUUAUUUUGUUUGCUGUGGACUCCGAAUCACGACACAGCUUGGAUUGUUUAUAUUUCUUAUGUGGCUUUUGGAUUAUCUGACGGAAUAUGGCAGUCGACGCUAAUGGUCAUGUACACGGAGUACUUUCCCGGCAGACAAAACGUUGUCGGUGCAACAUACAUCAGUAUUGUCUGCCUUGGGAUUGCAAUUAAUUGUGGCUGGAACACAACAUUGUGCGUGUAUAUGAAGAUUUACGUUUUGCUAGGCUUACUGGCUGUCGGUUUCACCUUAUUUUGUAUCGCAGAACGUCUUCACAGACGAGAACUUGAAAAUGAGCAAAAGCGAUGACGAAAAACUGGAUUUUGUUUUGUUUAAAUUAGAUCCCGAUUACAAAUUAUGUGCGUCCUAACAUCAAGAAAAGAAGUACCACUGUGCGAUAUAUCUUUGCGCGAGAAACUGUUUUGAAGCAAAGUGUUCGAGGGGAAAUUCAUGAUGGAACGUAAAUAUUAAAGAAAAAUUUUGAAAACAACCAAAAUGUUAUUUUUAUUAGCGCAGUUGUUUUUAGCUGACUGAAUAAGAAAUGUGAAUAUCCAAAGUAAGGCGGGCGAGAGAAAAUCUAACAAAUAUUCUUAUUUUUAAAAAGCUUCAUGCCCACCACAAAAAGUUGUUUACGCCUUCCUCGUGGCGCACCCACCGUUUGGGAAGUUUUUUGCGGAAUCCUCCAACUCUCGAGAUCAGUUUACACGCUCAGGCGAUUUAUAUCACGUGACUAGUGACUACUCAUAAAUUUGCUUAUUUUCAUAAUGCAUAUCAUAGGUAUUGUGUUUGUAAUAUUUUUGAACAUGAAAUAGUACUUUUCAGUU